GGGAAGGAACAAGCAGAGACCAUCGUAUCAGCAUUAAUAACCCUGUCGAAUGUCAGCUUGGACACAGUCUAUAAGGAUAUGGUUACACAGGCUCAGCAGGAAAUAACUUUACAGCAGAUAAUGGCACACUUGGACUCCAUUCGGAAAGACAUGGUCAUCUUGGAGAAAAGCGAAUUUGCAAACUUGAGAGCAGAGAAUGAGAAAAUGAAAAUUGAAUUAGAUCAAGUGAAACAGCAGCUAAUGAAUGAAACUGGUAAAAUCCGAGCUGACAGCAAGCUGGACAUAAACCUGGAAAGGAGCAGAGUGACGGAUAUGUUUACAGAUCAGGAGAGGAAACUGAUGGAAGCAACUACAGAGUUUCAUAAAAAA